CACCAUUAAGUCACGUUAAGUAACAUUUUGUUGCAAUUCCAGUAUUUGAGCCAGUCGUCAAGUCACGUAAAUCGGAGUAUAUUGAAACCCUCUUGAGUGUACACGACGAUUUAUGAAAACACAUCUUUAGGGAGAAUCGAUUGCUUUUAGGUCCAAAUCAAGAUGUUCCACACAUGUGGACCCAAUGAAGCCAUGGUGGUGUCUGGCUUUGGUCGUUCCCCUCCUCUAAUGAUCGCUGGAGGAAGAGUGUUUGUCCUCCCCUGUAUUCAACAGAUCCAGAGGAUCACUCUGAACACCCUGACUCUGAAUGUGAAGAGUGACAAGGUGUACACCCGUCAUGGAGUGCCCAUCUCUGUCACGGGCAUCGCCCAGGUGAAGAUCCAGGGUCAGAACAAGGAGAUGCUGGCCACGGCCUGUCAGAUGUUCAUGGGGAAGUCUGAGGCUGAGGUCUCCAACAUCGCCCUGGAAACACUGGAGGGGCACCAGAGGGCCAUCAUCGCCCAUCUGACUGUUGAGGAGAUCUACCAGGACCGUAAGAAGUUUUCUGAGCAGGUGUUCAAGGUGGCCUCCUCUGACCUGGUCAACAUGGGCAUCGGCGUGGUCAGCUACACGCUCAAAGACGUUCACGACGACCAGGACUACCUCACCUCCCUGGGUAAAGCUAGGACAGCUCAGGUGCAGAAGGAUGCCAGGAUCGGAGAGGCUCAGUACAAACGAGACGCGGUGAUCCGUGAGGCCCAGGCCAUGCAGGAGAAGGUGUCGGCCCAGUAUCUGAAUGAGAUCGAGAUGGCCAAAGCCCAGAGAGACUACGAGCUGAAGAAGGCCUCCUACGACUACGAGGUCAACACCAAGAAGGCGGAGUCUGAGAUGGCCUAUCAGCUGCAGGUGGCGAAGACAAAGCAGCGGAUUGAGGAGGAGACGAUGCAGGUGAAGGUGGUGGAGAGGUCUCAGCAGAUCAUGCUCCAGGAGCAGGAGAUCACCCGUAAGGAGAUGGAGCUGGAGGCCACGGUGAAGAAGCCUGCUGAGGCAGAGAGAUACCGUCUGGAGAGACUGGCUGAGGCGGAACGUGCACAGCUCAUCAUGGAGGCUGAGGCAGAGGCAGAGUCCAUCAGAAUGAGGGGCGAUGCUGAGGCGUUUGCUCUGGAGGCUAAGGGUCGUGCUGAGGCAGAGCAGAUGGCUAAGAAGGCUGAGGCCUUUAAACAGUACGGGGAGGGAGCCAUGGUGGACAUGCUGCUGGAGAAACUACCACUGAUAGCAGAGGAGAUCAGCAGGCCCCUCUCCAUGGCCCAGAAGGUUACCAUGGUUUCCAGCGGCGGCGGUGAGGUGGGCGCUGCCAAGCUGACCGGAGAGGUUCUGGACAUCAUGACCAGACUACCAGCUGCUGUGGAGAAACUCACUGGAAUCAACAUCUCACAGGUUGGCCUGUCCACCCGAAUGGGCUGAGAAUGGAGCCCAGUGACUGAGACAGCAUGCACCGUCAGACCAGGAACUCCAUACUGCCUCCUUGUGCCUAUAAUUACUAUUACCUAGUGUAGUUGUCUGUCUGCAUGCCUGUGUUAGCACGGUAGUCUUUCUUAGAGCAUGUGUCAGCACUCUCAUUGGCACUGAUCUGGAAACAAAGGAUGGGUCAAAGCUGUAUGUUGUAGGCCUACUGUGGGAGUUUGUGUCAUGGUCAUUCAUAUCUCUGUUAGAUCAGCUUGGAUAAAGGAAAGCACUUUGGGCAAGCAGGACACAGCCUUAGUAGUUCUGGUAGCAACGAGCCUCUUUUCCCCGUCCGUUAUUCAGUGUGUUUUAAUCACUGCUUCAAGCCUGCCUUUCUGUCUCCCUCUAUUACAGGUUUGGGUCCAUAUAAACUGUUCCACUGUCACAUAGUUGUGUUUUAGUUGUAAUUCAUAGAGUAUUAUUUCAUUGGGAUGUGGUUGAGAAAGGAUGUUUUCAUUCUCUUCAUUCUUUGUUGUUCAUAGGAAAUAAUCGUGUCAGUAUGAGGUUUGUCAGUUGAUUGUUUUGUCAACAUUUGCAGUUGUUCUAUAAGGUAGUCUGUCUUGUUGUGAGCAUGGUUGGCUAGCUAGUUGCUAUUAAUUGCUUUGCAAAUGAAGAAGAAAUUCUCUUUACUUUCACUGUGGACAUUUCUAAUUUUUUAAAACUAAUUGUAGUACUGGUAGUCAUGUUAUUAAACAUGUUCUACCUGCUUAUAGAUUCUAGUACCUCUGUCUACCAACUUAUGGACAGUGGUUUUCCACUAUGUGCUCCCCUGACAGUAGAUCCUAGAUCAGUCUACUGAUAUCACUAUCCCUCUAGAAUGGCCAGUGCCUUAUGAUUAAUUAGACUUUAAAACACAUCAAUACAAGCCAUAUUACAGUAGAAGCCAAGUUGCAUGCAGAUAAUGCUGAUUUGUGAUCUUUUUGCCAUGACCCUGCCAUAUGUGUGGGAUAAAAUCACAAACUAUAUGAUGGGUUGGCACUAAAACCUCUUCUCUCUGUUGGUACAAUACUGGCAUAGACACAAUCAAUAGAGUACUGAAUUUGAUGGUUUUUCCAUAGCAAAAUAAAAACAAGGAACUACA